UACCUUUAUUUGUUUGGGAACUGUCAAAUUCUAUCGGUGCUUCUCUAUUUCUCUCUGCCCAACUCUCUCUGAUCUGUUGGAGAGAGAUUUGGAAGAGAUUGUUUGAAUUCGAGCUCAGUAUGCUGGUUUUGGGGAAUCAGAUAAGUGAUAUUGUUCCGUUUACAGGCAACGGUGGAUACAAUCUUUGGCUACUUUCUGAAGGAGACUUAUCAAGUAUCAGAAGAUCCUCAGUACAGCUGGUGCAGUUUUGCUAGCAUUGCCUAUGCUAUCUGUUGUGAUAGACAGUAUGGGCUUACUCUGCAGCAAACACCCACAUCUCAGUGAAGCUGAUGCUGAAGAAAAUGCUCAGGCUGCAGAAAUUGAGAGGCGUAUUGCUCAAGAAACAAAGGCUGAAAAGCACAUACAGAAACUUCUACUGCUUGGGGCUGGAGAAUCGGGGAAGUCUACAAUUUUUAAGCAGAUAAAACUUUUGUUUCAGACUGGCUUUGACGAGGCAGAGCUAAAGAGCUAUAUACCAGUCAUCCAUGCCAAUGUGUAUCAGACAAUUAAAAUUCUGCAUGAUGGCUCAAAGGAAUUUGCACAAAAUGAAGAAGAUUCGUCAAAAUACAUUUUAUCAGUUGAAAAUAAGGAUAUCGGAGAGAAGCUAUCAGAAAUAGGAGGCAGGUUGGACUAUCCACGCUUGACCAUAGAGCUUGCACAGGAGAUAGAAACUUUGUGGAAAGAUUCUGCAAUUCAGGAAACUUAUACUCGUGGAAAUGAACUUCAAGUUCCAGAUUGUGCUCACUAUUUCAUGGAGAAUUUGCCAAGAUUAUCUGAUGUGAAUUAUGUCCCAACAAAGGAGGAUGUUCUGAAUGCCAGAGUGCGGACAACUGGUGUUGUAGAAAUUCAGUUUAGUCCUGUUGGAGAGAAUAAGAAAAGUGGUGAAGUUUAUAGACUCUUUGAUGUUGGAGGCCAGAGAAAUGAGAGAAGAAAAUGGAUCCAUCUAUUCGAAGGAGUUACAGCUGUAAUUUUCUGUGCUGCUAUUAGCGAGUACGAUCAGACGCUCUUCGAGGAUGAAAACAAGAACAGAAUGAUGGAGACCAAGGAACUCUUUGAUUGGGUCCUGAAGCAACCAUGUUUUGAGAAAACAUCCUUCAUGCUAUUCCUCAACAAGUUUGAUAUAUUUGAGAAGAAGGUUCUGAAGGUACCACUAAAUGUCUGCGAGUGGUUCAAAGAUUACCAGCCAAUGUCAACAGGGAAGCAAGAGAUUGAGCAUGCAUAUGAAUUUGUGAAGAAGAAAUUUGAGGAACUAUAUUUUCAGAGCACUGCACCGGAUCGUGUGGAUCGGGUGUUCAAAAUUUAUAGGACCACUGCUCUUGAUCAGAAACUUGUUAAGAAAACGUUCAAACUGGUAGAUGAAACUUUGAGGAGGCGAAAUCUUUUUGAGGCUGGUCUAUUGUGACCUUGGAGCAAUACGGGGGAGGAAAUCAUAUUUAGAGAGCUUGAUCAGAUUUUAGCCACUGAAGUUCUCUGAUUUUUUGCCAUAUUGGGAGGUAUGUCAAGCUGCACAUCAUUUUGGGAUGCCAUGAAUUUAUUUUCUUGGGAAGAAGCAGCAUUUUCUUCACGAAUUCUGAGUUAGCUGCUCUGAUUUGUCUCUGGAGAAACCUUCUCCCAAUAUCUUCAGGCUUUAUGCUUUGGGGAACUGUUAUUGGGUUGAAUGCGUGAGACUUCAUAUUCUUUGAUCCUUUUUAGUUGUGAAAACUGAAGACUGUCAUCCCAUUACGCCUAAACGGCUUUUACAAGAGCUCAGACAUGAUCAUGUUGGUACAUUAUUUGGGGUUUUUUUUUUUUUUAGCAGGGAGGGGGGGGGGGUGUGGGACUUUCACCUCCCAAAUUUCUGUUCGGGAUAUUUUCUGCCUGAUUGCAUAAGCUAUUGGGAUUUUCUGGUAUACCAUACCUUAUAAACUUGUGCAAAGAUCUUUAU